AUGGCCACCUUCCUCCGAAGGUCUGGCAACCUUGCUCGAUUCUCGAGGAGAGCCACGGAAUCCAUCAGUCACACUCCGGCAUCUGCACGGGUGCCCUCGUCGCGGCUUUCCUCUUUCAUCACAUCUCACCGUAUUCGAACUUAUUCAACCGGCCCCGGCGGCCCCGGCCCUGACGACAAGUCCCGGAAUACUCCAAGUGGCAGUGGACCCGAGAACAAUGGGCGCAAAGACGAGGAGCCGAAGAAACCGGAGUCGGUUCUGAGUGAGGAGGACCAGAAGAACCUGGAUGCUUUCGUAAAGCACGUGGAGGGGCGUUUGCCUGAAUCACAGCAUGCUGCCCUUCAUGCGAUGCGGAAACAAUUGAUGCGGGAUGGACUACCGGCCGACGUUAAGAACUUCAUUGACAGACACCGCGAGGCUUCGAUGAUGGACUACCUCCGGAUGAUUCGGUUUUUAUUUAAGUACACCAAUGAACAAGCCGGAAAAGAAGCGAAUGCAGACAUCGCUCGUAUGCUGAACAAAACGCCCGAGGAGUUGAAGAAGGAGCGCGAGGAGUUGGAAAAGAAGCAGCAUGGCUCAGACACAGAGAAGGGAAAAGAGGAACCUGGCCAGGAAAAGAAGGAGAAGGAACAACAGCAGAAGAAGAAAUCAGGGCAACCUCCCGGUGGAAAAGUGUUUGAGUUCCGUUUCGAUCCCGCCGCCUUCGCCGUCACCUCACUCGUUACAUACUACAUCUACCGCAGCUUUUUCCCCGGUGAGAACGCAGGUAGUGAAAUCACCUGGCAGGAAUUCCGUGCCAAGUAUCUUGACAAGGGUAUUGUUGAGAAGUUGACCGUGCUCAACCGCAACAGAGUCCGUGUUGACACUCAAUCAAAUCCCGAUAACUCCGGCCCCGUAUACUUCAGCAUUGGAUCUGUCGACAGCUUUGAGAUGAAGCUGGAGCAGGCUCAGUACGAACUGGGUAUCCCGGCCCAUGAACGUAUCCCGGUUGCCUAUAUUGAUACAGUAUCUUGGGGCGAGGCUCUUAUGACCUUUGCUCCCACUUUGCUGUUGAUUGGUGGUAUCUAUUGGUUCUCUCGGCGCGCUGGCGGUGGUGGUGGCGGCGCAAGUGGAAUAUUUGGUAUGGGCAAGAGUCGCGCGAAGAAGUUCAACCAGGAGACCGACAUCAAGAUCAAGUUUGCCGAUGUUGCUGGUAUGGACGAGGCCAAGGUUGAGAUUAUGGAAUUCGUCAGCUUCCUUAAGCAGCCUGAGCGAUUCGAGAGACUUGGUGCCAAGAUCCCUCGUGGUGCUAUUCUCUCUGGUCCCCCUGGUACUGGUAAGACUCUGCUUGCUAAGGCCACCGCUGGUGAAUCCGGCGUGCCUUUCUUCAGCGUCAGUGGUUCCGAGUUCGUCGAAAUGUUUGUCGGUGUCGGUGCGUCUCGUGUCCGUGAUCUGUUCGCCAAUGCCCGGAAGAACACCCCCUGUAUCAUUUUCAUUGAUGAAAUUGAUGCAAUUGGCAAGUCCCGGGCAAAGCAAACCUUUGGCGGCGGCAGCGAUGAGCGCGAGGCAACCUUGAACCAGAUUCUUACCGAGAUGGACGGUUUCAACACUUCCGAGCAGGUCGUCGUUCUGGCCGGUACUAACCGACCUGAUGUUCUCGAUAAGGCUCUCAUGCGUCCUGGCCGAUUCGACCGACACAUUAACAUUGAUCGCCCUACCAUGGAUGGCCGCAAGCAGAUCUUCCGUGUCCACCUGAAGAAGAUCGUUACCGACGAGAACAUGGAGUUCCUGGAAGGCAAACUCGCUGCUCUUACCCCUGGCUUCGCCGGUGCGGAUAUCGCGAACUGCGUUAACGAGGCCGCCCUUGUUGCUGCUCGCGAAAACGCUGAUAAGGUCGUUAUUAAGCACUUUGAACAGGCUAUCGAGCGUGUCAUUGGUGGUCUUGAGAAGAAGUCUCUUGUGCUAACGCCCCGGGAGAAGCGCACCGUCGCCUACCACGAGGCCGGUCACGCCAUCUGUGGCUGGUACUUCGAGUGGGCCGAUCCUUUACUCAAGGUGUCCAUCAUCCCUCGUGGAUCAGGCGCUCUUGGUUACGCCCAGUACCUUCCCGCUAAUGGAGAUACCUACACAAUGACCACUAAGCAGCUCAUGGACCGCAUGGCCAUGACCCUCGGUGGUCGUGUCAGCGAGGAGCUUCACUUUGACACCGUGACCAGCGGUGCCAGUGACGACUUCAACAAGGUUACUCGCAUGGCCACCGCUAUGGUGACCAAGUUCGGUAUGUCGAAGAAGAUUGGCUACGUCCACUACGAGGAAGACUCUGGGCAACAAUUCCAGAAGCCCUUCUCCGAGGACACCGCUCGCAACAUUGAUUCCGAAGUGCGUCGCAUCAUCGACGAGGCUUACAAGCAGUGCCACGACCUUCUGACUGAGAAGAAGAAGGAAGUUGGUCUCGUCGCUGAAGAGCUCCUGUCCAAGGAGGUCCUCGGCCGUGAAGAUAUGAUCCGUCUUCUUGGACCGCGUCCUUUCGCUGAAUCUGGCGACAUUCUUAAGUACUUCGAUGGUCGGGAUGGUCAGGUCAUCGCACCGCCGGAGCCUACUCUGCCCGAGGAGGGUUCUGGCCAGGACCAAACUCCUCCUAUCCUUUGA